UUUAAUUAGAAGAGGAGGAAACUUUUCAGUGCUAUUUCUCACUAGCCAAAGUUCCGAUCAGUGUACUGGUAGUUAUCUGUGGUGGGUGUGUCUGUGAAUUUAAAUUAUAUUGCUACAAAGCAUGUGGAGCUAAAAGAGCGCAACUGGUCCUGUCACCAGUCGGGCAGUGGAGCAGUAGACCAAGGAAGACUAAAUUUCAGUGCUACGUGUGCAGCAGACAGUGAGGAUGCCUCCACAAUCUGGCGACACAGAAGAACAGGAGGAACCUAUUCUAGAUUUUUCGCAACUUUUUACUUGGGAGGAGAUUGCAAUCCAUACUGGCCAGGGCCAUGGGACAUCAGGGCAGGAGCGGUGGCUGGUGAUUGAUAGGAAGAUCUACGAUGUCAGCAAGUUCUACCUGCGGCACCCAGGAGGGCGACAAGUUAUCAGUCACUAUGCAGGGCAAGAUGCAACGGAUGCCUUUGUUGCCUUCCACAAAGAUAAGGAGCUCGUGAAAAAAUACUUGAAACCACUACAGAUUGGAGAGUUAGCACCAGAUCAACCUACCUCUGAGCCCAGCAAAAAUAAACUGCUGGUGGAGGACUUCCGUGAGCUGCGUGCCACUGUUGAGAGGAUGGGACUCCUGAAGCCUAAUUACUUCUUUUUCUUCCUGGUUUUCCUGCACAUCCUUGUACUGGAUGCCGCUUCCUGGCUCACUGUGUGGUACUUUGGCUCAUCCUUAGUGCCUUUCCUCAUUGGUAUGGCACUGUUUGUUACUGCCCAGGCCCAGAUCAAUUGGUUUCAACAUGAUUUGGGGCACUUUUCAGUCAUCAGCAAAACUACAUGGAACCGGUUUCUUCACAUCCUUGUAAUGGGUGUUCAGAAGGGAAUGGUGGCCAGUUGGUGGAAUCACCUGCAUAACCAGCACCAUGCAAAACCGAACUGCUUUCGCAAGGAUCCUGAUCUCAACAUGCAUCCUAUUUUGUUUUCUUUGGGAAAGACACUUUCUGUAGAGCUAGGAAAAAAGAAGAAGAAGUUCAUGCCUUAUAACCAUCAACACAAAUACUUCAGCUUUUUGGCCCCAGCUUUCCUAGUUCCCUUCUUCCAGUUCAUUGUAAUCUAUUUCUCAAUCAAAAGAAGGAAGUGGUUGGAAUUGUUCUUGAUUGUAACCUACAACAUCCGGGUCUGUCUUAUGUAUGUUCCCUUAAUGGGAUUUAAGAGCUUCAUGGCAUACUACUGGCUGGCCAGGUACCUAGAGAGCACCUGGUUUAUCUGGGUUUCACAAAUGAAUCACAUCCCAAUGCACAUUGAUUAUGAUCAGAACUUGGACUGGGUAUCUACUCAGCUUCAGGCAACAUGCAAUGUGAACCAAUCCUGGUUCAAUGACUGGUUUACUGGGCACCUGAAUUUCCAAAUUGAGCACCACCUUUUCCCUACGAUGCCUCGACACAACUACUGGAAGGUGGCCCCCUUGGUGAAAUCCCUCUGUGCCACGCAUGGCAUUGAGUACAAAUCCAAGACUUUACUCACUGCUUUUGCAGACAUUUUGCACUCCUUGAAGGAUUCUGGGGAACACUGGCUUGCUGCCUAUCUGCAUGGAUAAGAAAACUACAAUUCUUCAUGGGGAACCUUUCAACAUACAGCUGCAGAGACCAUUGGAGACUAUGGUGGACUCUGGGAGAUAAAUAAGCCUUGUCUAGGGGACUGCAGAAUUGGAUAAAAUUAAUUUUAGUAUGAUUAGGGGAUUAAAAUAUUUAAAUUUAUCUUUUUUCUAAAUGCAAGUCACCAUUUGCUGCUUUUGCUGGAUUUAGUGACAUGAAUGGAUGGGAUAUUGGCCUGAGCCUAGUAGAGAAAGGACUUUUAGUAGCCUCUCUUUCACUCCUAACAUGUUACUUGCUGUAAAUGGAGGAAGGAGACUGCCAGCUUAUUUGCCUGAGUGAUAGAAUUUUAAGGAAUAUUACAUCUUUCUGAAAUGCUGUAACUUGGAAAAAAGGCAGAGGAAAAAGCCAACUGAAGAAGACACAGAGAAAUGUUGGUGAUGGGACAGGGGAGAAAGAAAUCUUCAUGGUUAAGGACAGAAAUUGCACAUAAACUGGUAUAAGUGAUCGGCAACUGGUUCAAAUAUGUACACAACAGCAGUUCAGUGCAUAUAAAUCACUUCCAAAGUGACUGAAACUAGUUUAAGAUAAACCUGGAUGGAUGUA